CCAUUUCCCAUUCACCUCCAAUUGUGAGGACCGGGAAAGCCUACCGUACUUCAAUUUUUCCCCAGCUUCGAUCUUCGCGAUCUGAUAAUUUUUUUUUCCCCUUUGCGUCGCCUUGUUGCUAAUCUCGCUCCACUCGCAAAGUCGAGCUCCCCUCUCAGCCUUCUUUCUCCUCCAUUUCAUCAAUCCCGUAACACCAUCAAACCAUUACGAUGGCGACCACGUCGAUGGAUUACGAAGCGACCGGCGAGCGCUACGAUGAUGACGGUCCUCGUUACGACCGCGACCGUAGUGCGUCGCCUCGUCGCGACGAUGGCCACGACUCUCGUCGUCGCUCCAUGUCUCCCAACGGCAACGACCGUGCUCCCAUCAAGAGCGAUGGCGGCAACAAGGAUGACGACGGCGCUCACAACCCCGGCUCGAACCUCUUCGUGACGGGUAUCCACCCUCGUCUCGAGGAGUCGGAGAUCACUCGCCUCUUUGAGAAAUACGGCGAGGUCGAAAAGUGCCAGAUCAUGAAGGACCCGCACUCCGGCGAGUCGCGUGGCUUCGGCUUCGUCAAGAUGGUCACUUCCGAAAUGGCCGAUGCAGCCAUAGAGGGCCUGCGCGGCGAGGUCAUUGAGGGCCGCACCCUUAACAUUGAGAAGGCACGCCGUGUCCGUCCCCGCACCCCUACUCCGGGCAAAUACUUUGGCCCUCCCAAGCGUGACCCCCGCGGUGGUGGUGGUGGCGGCCGCUUCGAUGACCGUCGUCGUGGUGGUUAUGGCGGCGGCGGCGGCUACGGUGGUGGUGGCUAUGGCCGUGACGAUUCGUACCGUGGUGGCCAACGUGGCUACGGCCGUGAUGACCGCGGUUACGACCGUGGCUACGACCGUGGCUACGAUCGCGGCUAUGGUGGCGGCGGUGGCGGACGCGACUACCGUGACGACCGUGGCUACAGCCGUGAGUAUCGCGAGGAGCGUGGCGGUGGUAGUGGCGGCUAUGAGCGCCGUGAGCGCGGCGGUGAUGACGCUUAUGGCGGUCGCGUUGAUCGCUAUGGCGGCGGUGGUGGUGGUCGUGAGGACCGCGAGCGCUAUGGAGGUGGCCGUGGCGGUGGCCCUGACGACCGCCGUGGUCCCAGCUAUGAUCGCGAGCGCGGUUAUGACCGUCCCAGCGACCGCGACUCUCGCCCUCGUGAUCCUGCCCCCAGCGCUGCCGGUGCUUAUGCCGACGCAGCUCCCCGUGGUGACACCCGUGAGCCCUACGCAGGUGGCCGUUAAACAUCUCACCCGACACCAAGAUUCGCCGCAUAGGCCUGCUUGCCAUCUAACUAAGUCACAGCACGGAUUUCCUUUUUUUUUCUCGUUUUCGCUUUUGGCACGGG